UCCCGCAGGCCCCGCCCGCGCCCCGCCCGCGCGGGGUCCUCGGAGCGCUCGGGCUGCGCGCGGAGCGGGCUCGGGAGGGAAGUCCCGAGACAAAGGGAGCGCCGCCGCCGCCGCCUCGUCCGCCUCGCUCGCCGGGCCGCGGCCGCCCGAGGGACUUUGAAUAUGUCGGGGAUCGCCCUCAGCAGACUCGCCCAGGAGAGGAAAGCUUGGAGAAAAGACCACCCGUUUGGUUUUGUGGCUGUCCCAACAAAAAACCCCGACGGCACAAUGAACCUCAUGAACUGGGAGUGCGCCAUUCCAGGAAAGAAAGGGACGCCGUGGGAAGGAGGACUGUUUAAGCUACGGAUGCUUUUCAAAGACGAUUAUCCGUCCUCACCACCAAAAUGCAAAUUUGAACCACCAUUGUUCCACCCAAAUGUGUACCCUUCGGGCACGGUGUGCCUGUCCAUCCUCGAGGAAGACAAGGACUGGCGGCCAGCCAUCACGAUUAAGCAGAUCUUACUAGGAAUACAGGAACUUCUAAAUGAACCAAAUAUCCAAGAUCCAGCUCAAGCAGAGGCCUACACAAUUUACUGCCAAAACAGAGUGGAAUACGAGAAGAGAGUUCGAGCACAGGCCAAGAAGUUUGCACCCUCAUAAGCAGCGACCUCGCGGCAUCUAAAAGGAAGGGAUUGGUUUGGCAAGAACUUGUUUACAACCUUUUUGCAAAUCUAACGUUGCUCUGUACAAUUACUAGUCACCGGGGGAGGGUUGGACGGGCGCCAUUUUCCAUUUCCGCCACUGGUACACAGUUCUCGACUCGCUGAAUUGCCCAGAUUUUCAUACAGGGUCUCUUCCUUCAGUCUUUUGUAUUUUUGAUUGUUAUGUAAAACUUGCUUUUAUUUUAAUAUUGAUGUCAGUAUUUCAACUGCUGUAAAAUUAUAAACUUUUAUACUUCGACGAGCCGCCAGCGCUCGGUGCCCGCUCGCGGACGCGGCAUGCUUCUCCCGGUCAGCUGCGCGGCCCCAGCUGGCUGCAUGAGGAAGGACCCCGCCUGGCCGUCCCGCCGCACCGUUCUCUCUGCAGAACCCGGGUUGUGUUGCUUACGAGCCCCAGAUCCAAAGUCAGCCAGCGCCUCGUCUCCGCAUCACUUCCUUUGUGUUUAUAUGGCGUUUGUCUGUGUUGCUGUUUAGAGUAAAUAAACUGUUUAUAUAAAGGUUUUUGUUGCAUUAUCAUCAUUAAGUGUGAGGAGGCGGCCAGGCUGCCCGGCCCUCCCCGCUCGGCUGCAGGCCCUGCAGAGCACCAGCCUCGGCCUGAGCACGGCUCACUGUCUGCACUUUGGGUGCGCCCAGGCCCUGUGUUGCGCUCGUCCUGGUCCUUUGUAAAUAAUGCUGUGUACAGAGACGGUGUGUGUCCAGGGUUUCUGUCCCCCGCCCGAGUCUUUGGGCCGUAGGGUGCUAGAGAGUGCAGAUCUAGUCACAUUGGAGUUGGUGUCGAGACCCUUCCAAAGUGCGCCCGGGCAUUUAGGAGGAUGAGGUGCCUAAAUCCAGGCCAGGUCGAGGCCGUGAGGACCAUGUCCAAGCAGCUCACCCUCAGUGCCCAGCGCAGGCCCCUGGAGGUGGCUGGGCCACUGCAAUGGCGCCUUCCCCAUGGGUGGGGCAUGCGGCCUCCUCCCGUCUGGCAGUGCGUUGCUGGCCCAGGCCUCAGUGGCUGCCCUCGGGCCUCUGCAUGUCGUGGCCACAGCCUUCCCAUGCUCACCCCGUCAGCCUCCACCCCUUGGCGCGGGUGGUCCCUGGCGCCAGGACACCCUGAAAGCAGCUGUGAGGGCCACUGUCCACACACUCUUCCUCUUUCUUGAACCAUUCUGAUCUUGGGCUGCCCACGGAAGCCACUGUCCUCAGAAAGUGGCCCGGACCCUGAGCCCACUGCAAGCCUCCCAGAGCUGCUGGCUGCUCUGGUGGGAAGUGGGCCUGGGGCCCGGCUCAGCAGGGAGGUGCCAUAUGGAGACAGGAAGUAGCAGAGGGGGACAGGCCCAGUGUCCCACAUCCCAGCCUUGGUGAGGUGGGUACCUGGCCUUCGUUCAGGUACCAGAAGCACAGUGCUGACCAGACCGGAGGCCUGGAGCCAGCCUGCACCAGUUGGCCUCACCCUCCCACCCUGAGGACCCUUAUUGUUGGAACUGAGUGGCCUGUGGCUCCACCCCGAAUGAGGAGGGUGGUAACCCCCAAAGGGGCGAGAGGGCUGGUGGUCCUUGGCUUGCCCCAGGAACCUGCAGCCCUCAAGCUGUCAGCACCUGGUGGCCCCAAGGUCCCUGUGCCUUGUCCCUUGCUCAGCGGGACGUGUGUCGGUUGCUGAGCUCUCGGUUGGAUGUCCAUGAUUUAUUUCUAACGCAGAGGGCCUUACGGGGGUUCAGCGGGCGUGUGUUUGUACCCUCUCCCAGAAUGUCUUAUUUUGUAAUGACUGACUACACUUAGAAAUAGUUACACAUGUAUAUGGUUAAUAUAUAUGGAAAUUCAAUCUAUUUUCUAGUUAAAGCAUUCUGAAGUAACUGAUGUUUCUAGCAAACUGUCGUGACUUUGGCUAAUGAAAUGUCCUUUUGUGCCACAGUCCUUGGCUUAACAAAGAUGUGAUCUUGUAACACGAGAGCUAUGAAAUGUGAUCAUCCUGUUUCUACUGUAAGGGGAGAGAGUGUGUUCCCAGCAUGAGGCGCCUAAUAAUUAGUAAGGAAUUGUGGGCAAUAGAUUAACCACUGUAUCUAAGAAUCCUCUGAUUAAAACAUUUCCACAAA